AUCAGGCCCAGCUGACAGUUGGAGAAAGCAGAGAGCUUGACGAGGACGAAGCGGAAUAACUAGAUCCUUGGGAAACGAGAAUCCAUCGACAGAGAGAGAGAAGAGUUGAAGCAUAACCGAAGCCAGCACUCAGAAUCUCACACUCAAACACAAAUUUGAUCUUUUCUCUUAACAUUUAUGCAUUUGGUUUCGUUAGUUUCUUAUAGAUCGGAAAGGAAUAAAGGGAAUGGCAAACUAUUUAGCCCAGUUUCAAACAAUCAAGAGCACGUGUGGCCAUCUCGUCAUUGCUGUUGAAGAUGUCAGUGACUUGUGGCCUACAAUCAAGAAUAGUUUUGAAGAGCGGCUACCGUUCAAAAGAGCUUCCUUAAAUAACAAGACCCGGAAUGCAGUGUUUGUAGAGAAUUUACAGGCUGAAUUCAUAUUAACCACUGAUGCAAGAUUACGAAGCAGAUUUCCUCAGGAGCAAUAUUUAUUUUGGUUCCGAGAGCCAUAUGCAACUCUGGUUCUUGUUACAUGUGAGGAUCUUGAUGAGUACAAGACCAUUCUUAAACCACGCCUGAAAUUAAUUGUCCAAAAUGAUGAGCGUGAAUGGUUUAUCGUAUUUGUGUCUAGAGCCCAUCCAAGCAAUGAUCAGGCCUCUAAAUUGGCAAAGAAAGUAUAUGCCAAACUUGAAGUUGAGUUCAGCUCCAAGAAGAGGGAAAGGUGCUGCAAGUUUGAUGUACAUGGUCCUGAAGCAAAUUUUUGGGAAGACUUAGAGGCCAGAAUUAUGGAGUGUGUCAGAAAUACAUUGGAUACACGUGAACAAUUCUAUGAGGAUGAGAUACGCAAGCUUAGUGAACAGCGUUUCAAUCCAAUUUGGAACUUCUGUAAUUUUUUCAUUUUUGAAGGUUUGGAAAGCUUGGCGUUUAUGUUUGAGAUGGCUCAUCUUCAUGAGGAUGCAUUGCGUGAAUAUGAUGAACUAGAAUUGUGUUACUUGGAAACAGUUAAUAUUGGUGGCAAACGUAGAGAGUUUGGAGGACUAGACCCUGGUGAUGACCAGGCGGCACUGCUUAUUCCUGGGAACAAACCAUUGACACAGAUUGUUCAAGAUGACUCGUUCCGUGAAUUUGAAUUCAGACAGUAUCUCUUUGCAUGCCAAUCAAAGCUCUUAUUCAAGUUGAAUCGUCCUUUUGAGGUUUCUUCAAGGGGUUAUUCAUUUAUAAUUAGUUUCUCAAAAGCCCUGGGUUUACAUGAGAGUAUUUUACCCUUUUGUAUGCGUGAAGUUUGGGUAAUCACUGCAUGCUUGGCUGUAGUCAAUGCAACCAAUUCUCAAUAUAGUGAAGGAAAUGCGGCCCCUGAAAUAGAAAGGCAGUUCUAUCGCCUUCAAGGUGAUCUUUACUCCUUAUGUAGGGUUAAGUUCUUGAGGCUUGUAUAUCUAAUUGGAUAUGGAACAGAGAUAGAAAGGAGUCCUGUUAAUAGUGCUUUAUUGAGCAUGCUGCCUUGGCCCAAGCCAGCAGUUUGGCCUUUGGUUCCAGAUGGUGCUGCCUCUGAGGUGCUUCAGAAAGAAAAGAUUAUUAUGCAAGAAAAUCCUAGAGUCAAGCCCUUUGGCAUUGAGAGGAAACCCUUGCCACUUGAACCUACUGCCCUUGUACGCGAGGCAAAUCGACGAAGGGCUUCUCUCUCUGCUGGAAGCCCAUCUGAGAUGUUUGACAGCAAACAAGGCUUUGCUGAUGGAUCAGCGACAGAUGUAUCAUCAAAGACAUCCCCAUCAAGUAAAGCACUAGCAAAUUCGAUGUCUCGUACUUACUCAUCUGCUGGAAGUUUUGAGGGCUCGGUCGAUAGACCCAUGAAGCUUGCUGAAAUUUUUGUUGCUUCUGAACAUGUUUUGAUGCAAACAAUCUCAAAUCCUGAUCUGCAGAAAACUUUGUCAUCUAUACAGGAGAUUGAGCAAAAAUAUAUGGAUCUCACUAAAGGUGCUGCUGACAAUUACCAUCGUUCUUGGUGGAAAAGACAUGGAGUUGUCCUUGAUGGUGAAAUUGCAGCCGUCUGCUUUAAGCGCGGGAACUUUGACCUAGCUGCAAAGUCAUAUGAGAAGGUUUGCGCUCUUUAUGCUGGUGAAGGAUGGCAAGAUUUAUUGGCUGAAGUCCUGCCCAAUUUAGCUGAAUGUCAAAGAAUACUAAAUGACCAAGCUGGCUACCUGUCAUCUUGUGUGCGGUUGCUUUCACUUGAUAAAGGUUUAUUCUCAACAAAGGAACGUCAAGCUUUUCAGUCAGAAGUUGUUAGUCUUGCACAUAGUGAAAUGAAGAACCCUGUCCCUCUUGAUGUAUCAUCUUUAAUUACAUUUUCCGGAAAUCCUGGGCUUCCUUUGGAGUUAUGUGAUGGGGAUCCUGGUACCUUAUCUGUAACUGUUUGGAGUGGCUUUCCUGACGAUAUAACUCUUGAUUCUCUUAGUCUCACUUUGAUGGCUACAUUUAAUGCUGAUGAAGGUGGUAAGUUAAGAAGCUCUAGUGCCACUAUACUAAAGCCUGGUAGGAAUACAAUCACCUUUCCUUUACCGCCACAGAAACCUGGUUCUUAUGUCUUGGGAGUUCUUACCGGACACAUUGGACACUUGACUUUUAGAUCUCAUAGUUUCUCCAAGGCAGGUCCAGCAGAUAGUGAUGAUUUCAUGAGCUACGAGAAAACGACCCGGCCCAUCUUGAAGGUUUCCAAACCAAGACCUCUAGUUGAUCUAUCUGUAGCUAUAUCAUCUGCCUUGCUGAUUAAUGAAGCUCAGUGGAUUGGAAUUAUAGCGCAACCGAUAGACUACUCCUUGAAAGGUGCUGUCAUGCAUAUUGAUACUGGUCCGGGUCUGAAGAUCGAAGAGCCGCAUUCCAUUGAGAUGGGAACCUACGGAAGUGCUGCUCAGAAUUCGGCUGAUACGUCAAAUUCUGGUGAUACUGGGAAAGAUGGUAAUAAAGACUUCGAGCAGCUAAGUCUCCUUGAUGGUAAAAUAGAGUUUCCAGACUGGGCCUGUGAUGUGACCUCAAUUCUUUGGAUUCCUAUUCGUGCUAUUGAUGAUAAGCUUGCAAGGGGUUCAUCUUCAGGUCCCCCGCAGAAACAAAGUAUUGUGGAUGGAAUGCGGACAAUAGCUCUGAAACUUGAAUUUGGAAUAUCAAACAACCAGAUCUAUGACAAAACCAUAGCUUUGCAUUUCACCAAUCCUUUCCAUGCGAGCACACGUGUUGCCUAUCAAUGCAGUGAUGGUACUUUGCUUUUGCAGGUAAUACUGCACUCCCAAGUGAAGGCCACAUUAACUGUUAAAGAUGCUUGGCUUGAUCUUCAAGAUGGAUUUGUUCAUGCUGGACAAGGUGAUGGAAGACCAGUUUCUGCCUUUUUUCCGCUUGUAAUAUCUCCAAAUUCAAGAUCGGGACUCCUCUUCCGAGUAUGCCUGGGGAAGGGAAUUGCUGAAGAUGAAAAUAAGUUGCAACCAGAAAGCAUAUUAAACAUCAGAUACGGAAUUGCCGGUGAUAGGACCAUUGGGGCACACCCACCAGCGGCUGCAAAAUCAAAUAAAACCGAGGGUGCUAGUCAGGAAUUAAUCUUCCGGAGUGCUAUAAUCUUGCAGCGACCUGUCCUUGACCCAUGCCUGGCUGUCGGGUUUCUCCCUCUUCCUUCUGAUGGUCUUCGAGUCGGGAAACUUGUUACCUUGAAAUGGAGAGUUGAGAGGUUGAAAGACAUCGAGGAGAGCAAUGUUCCACAGAACAACGAUGAGGUGCUGUAUGAAGUGAACGCGAAUCCCGAUAACUGGAUGAUAGCUGGGAGGAAAAGAGGGCAUGUUUCUCUCUCCCCAAAGCAAGGUUCGAGGAUAUUUAUUUCCAUACUAUGCAUGCCGCUCAAUGCCGGCUAUGUCCACCCCCCUCACCUCGGGCUACCGGAUAUCGACGAGGCAAAUAUAAACUGCAGUCCUGCCGGACCUCACCUUGUUUGCAUCUUGCCUCCUGAUCUUAGUUCAUCUUUCUGCGUUCCGGCAUGAUUGUCAUCUAUUUUCAUCUUACAACUCGAUCUCUGGUCCCAAAAUUUCCACUAUGUUCAAUGAAAAACUGUCACAGAUUUAGAUUUAGACCAAAGUUUGUUCGCUUAUUGUUUUUCCUUCCGAUUGUUUCAUGUUGUGGUUCAUGUAAAGAAGAAUGGUGUAUCAUUGUAAUAUGCAGACCAAUGCGAUUCA